UUGGCUAGUAUAACUAGUAUGGGAAAGACGGAAGAUAGAAGUACAAAAAUCAUAAAAGUGAUAGAUACAGAGUUAACUUUAAGUGGAGCUAUAAAUGAAAAAGACGGCAUAGAUUUAGCUGAGUCUAUAGUCACAACAGUUUACAAUAAAGCAGUAAAAAAGGCAGGAGGAGAUACAGAUGAUUAUCCAAAGAUUCGAAAAGUUGUUGAAAAGAUGCUUGAAGACAUUGGUAACUUUCCUGACGUGGAAGUCCUUCCAGCUGAGCAUAAAUGCAUCAUAUUGAAGUUCAAAUGUAGUUCUUAUGCCGCUUUACACAGUAUCCUGAUCUAUUUGGACAGCGGUGCCUUUAGGUGUAUCCUCACGGAGCUUGCCGUCUCUCUAAAUACAAUUGAACAAAUAAAGAGCGAAUCAAUUACAAUUGGUGCGGAUUUGACUUUAGAAUGCUUGAAAGACAUCUUAGAUACACUAUGCUCUGACGCAUCAGAUGAAAACGUUUAUAAAAGAACGAUUAGAAUGCCUAUAGAGGUUAAAACUACAGAUGGAAUGAAGCGGUUAUGGUCAAUGUUUGAAGAUGGCGGGGCUACAAACAGAUUAAAUGAACUCUCAGAAGCCGUUUUUGAUGAAUUAAACACAAAAAUUACAGUGACACCAUCAAUCGGAUUGAGUGGGGUUCAAGAUGCAAUAAGACAAUCAGACGAACAUUUAAAACGAUUAACGAAUGUUUCGGCCGUUAAAGUGGAACAUGUCAUUCCAGUUGCUGAAGAGGACAGAUAUCAAGAAAAAGAUGAACAUUUAAAACGAUUAAUGGAUGUUUCGGCCGUUAAAGUGGAGCAUAUCAUUCCGGUUGGUGAAGAGAACAGAUAUCAAGAAAAAGGUAUGAAUGAUUUUCUGUAUUGAUUAAGUAAAAUCAUUUUACAGUGUAUGUUAUUCGUUUAAUGACACAUGCUACAUAAAACGUCAGACAUUUUGCUCCUA